ACCGCCCGCCUCACCCCCCUCUUCAUCCUUCUGGGCGUCCUCCUCGUCCUUGCCGCCAUCGGCUACGUCGCCUACUCCAUCGUCCAGGACGUCUCGCGCCACACGCGCUCCAAGAUGGAAGGCAAGAACGUCCUGGUCACCCGCGAGGGGAUGAAGGUGGGCGUCCGCGAGGUCAAGGAGGAGGAGUAUGUGGAUCGGAGUCAGAGGUUUGUUCUUUCCUUUCUCUUCUCCCCGUUCGAACCCCCCGGAUAGCGUGGUUUCUUUUUCUUUUUUUUGGAAAGAAUCCCCUGGCUAACGAGCUCUUGGUGGCGGCGGCGGACAGCAUCCUCGUCAACAUGUGGAAUCACACCUCGUUCCCCGCGUACAAGAGUCGCUUCUGGGAUAUGACCAAGCCUACGAAUUGGGGGCAGGAGAGUCGGGUCGCCGAAAGUAGUAAGCGGAAGUGACUGACUGCCCUGGCGAGGCGGAUGAGGGGUUGGAGGGAGCAGCAGCAGCAGCAGCAGCAGCAGGAAAAGAGGUGUCGUGCUUUUGAGCGCGCAACAAGAUGAAUAACAGCAUCGCGCUUUGUACUCUAAGAUGGGUAUGCUUUGCUUUACCUUGCCUUGUAUUAGGGAAGGGUGGAUGAUGUAUGCAUUAUGCUGACCCUCGCUACCCUCUCUCUCCCGAAAGGAGCGCGAGGGCGUUAACGAGAUAUGAUCGUUAUGAUACACUGAGUCAAAGAUAACAUGAACAUUUGUUUGGAAUUAGCUCU